UGAAAAAGAAAGUAGGAUGACCUCAAAGACGGUAUCAACACACGACGAUGCAGUUUUGAAUCGCAUAUUUAACCCAAAUCUCCCAUAUGGUGAUGUUGUCAACGAAACUGACGAAGAACAUGCACCAUACCUAGAGGAAAUAGAGACAGAUGAUGUGAAAGAAGCAAAGCUCUAUGAGGCAGAAGGUGUUGAUGCUGCUGAGGCAGGCGACCUUGAGCUUUCACUGAACAAGUUUACACUGGCCAUACAGGUGUGUCCGACCCGUGGGUCUGGAUACAACAACAGAGCCCAGGCCCUCAGACUUAAGGGAGAUAUACAAGGUGCUCUGCAGGAUCUGAACAAGGCUAUCGAAUUAAGUGAGGGCCAGGGAUCUGCUGCUUGUCAGGCAUAUACACAACGGGGACUCAUUUUCAAACUUGAAGGGGAGGAUGAGAAGGCUUUGGAAGAUUUCAAGAGGGCUGCUGCUUUAGGAGGACAAUUUGCCAAGCAACAGGUGGUUGCCAUGAACCCUUAUGCUGCUCUCUGUAAUCAGAUGUUGUCAGAGGUCAUGCGCAAAGUCAAGGGUGGAGAGAUGUGAAAUCAUUUAUUUGUAUCAUAUAUUUUGCCUUCAUACAUCUUGUUUUACUUGUGUUUUUGUUGGGAUAUUUUGUUACAGAAUGUAAACAUAUGUCUUCUAAAUUGUACAAAGAUCUACACAAAAUAACUUAAGGAGAAUUUAGAAAUAUUAUUGAAUAUUGUAUUUAAAUACUACUUGUUUUCAAUUUUAAUUAAAGUCAUGUUGCUGUAUUCAUCACAAUUUUGUUCAUUUGGAAUUGUCUUCAAGUCUAAAUACUUUCUAACCUCUAUGGCCAUUAAUUUUAUUAACUAAAAAGUUCAUUAAUAAAAUUUGUGCAAUCAGUGA